GACAGCAAUCGAAAUAUGCUGUUUGCUGAUUUGGAUGCGCCUGCCCUUGGAAGUAGAUAAUGUGCGGUAUUUCUCUGAUGUGAAAGCCUAUUUAUAUGUUCAUUUCCUUAAUUCAGCAAUCUGCAAAACUCUGAAGUCACAGGUCAAAUACAAAUCCAUCGGCUGACAUGUUAUAGGCUAAUACAUUUUCUGGACAUUCUGGAUAGCCUCAUUAAAAGCCGGAAUUAUUGACCAAGAUAUGAAAGAGCGCAAAAUAUUAGACAUAGCCAAAUACUUUGUGAAAUAACAUAAAUGGGUUUGGUAUUUCUGAUAAAGGGAAUAUCCACAUCACUGAUGGGGAAAGGCUUUAGUAUGACGAGGCAGCAACAUUCCAUAGGUCUGCACGGAGACACAUGCACGCGCAUAGGCUACUGGAUGUUGCUGAUUGUGAUGUGAUCUUAUAUUAGCCUAUAGCCUAGGCUACUAGAACUCUAAACCAUCUGAGCGAAAUCAACCUUGUUUUUCUAGCCUUCUCCUCGGUUGUCAGGCUGACAACGACUGACAAAUCUGUUUAGGCUAUGGGCAUUCUAGUUUAUGGGUUGACUGUGUGUGCUGGGGAGUUUCAGCAUAUCAUGCACAGCUGCAUCUGGAAAAACCUAUCCUAUGUCCUGUCUGUAAUGUUUUCUCUCUCCUACUCCCUCCUGUGAAAAAAAUACUAUUUCAUUCAUCCUGCUUCCGUUCAUUCAUCUGGGCACUGCAGCGUAGCGAACACACGUCGUUCGAUCGACAAGCAAAUUCUUAUCAAUGGAGAAGCUUACGUCAAUGUGGCUGUCUGACGUAACGUCACGUGGUUAGAGGAAGACCGCCAUAUAAAGCAGGAGCUGGCCAAGGUACUGAAAAUAUCUUAGGGCCGUGAGAAGACAACGGCGUCUAUGAAAACAAGACAGGGACAAUAACUUCUUCAUAUUUGACUGCAUCAUCGCAGCUGGUUCAUAAGGCUACAGUCCGAAAUAAAGAAUUGAAACUAUACAGAAGAGGCAAAAAAAAAUAUCCAAACAUAUCGGACAGCGCUGUCCCUCAACUGGUCUGUGCAACAUCACUCUGAGCCCUAAACCCCUGAUUUUGCAUGGUCAUGGUCCGGUGUCAAAACACAUCAAGUGCCCAUUCUUUUCUUCUGUUAGUUUUGCUCAGUCUCUCAUCAAAGUUCACCCAGUGCAGUCCCAUUAACCCAGACAGGCAGGCCAUAAGUGACCACAAUGGGCCUUUCCGAGACCUCGCUCAGCCACCACUGCCCCUCAGACUGGGGGAAGACGAACAGGGUCCGAAUGAGGAGGAGGAAGAGGAAGAUGAACUCUUCAAAGACGUCGACCCCAAGACAUUAGCAGCUGUCCUCCUGGAGGCUCUCAACAAGCCCCAGGGGGAGAGGACCAGUGAGGGAGCCGAGGAGCUCGGACAGGGGAGGAGCGCAGAGGAGGGCCUGGAGGUCAAGAGAGGGCAGGAGAGCAGCAAAGAAGAGGAGGAGGAGGAGGAGGGAGAGGAGGAGGAAGAGCGGGAUCUGCAGGGUUCGGACCGUGACAGAGACGGACGGCAGGAGCUGGAGCUCGUCAUGGCCGCCGCGGCAGCUCAGGGCAGGGAGGAGCGCGAGAGGGAGGAGGAGGAGGAGAGGAAGAGGGCAGAGGAGGAGGAGGAGCGGCUGACGGAGAAGGUGACGAGCCGCACCACCAGUCAGACGGUGCCUCUGAAGCCAAAGCCAGCGGAGGAGGGGCCGAAAGACGAGCCAAUCAAAUUUGGUGAUGACCCAGAAGGCAACGAGGAGGAGGAGGAGGAGGAGGAGCAGCUGAGUCCAGAGGAGGUGAAGAACCUGCAGAACAUGCUGGCAGAGUUCCAGAGCUACAGCACCACCACGGAGAGCCAUAGCGCCGAGAAAACAGGCCACAGAGAGAGCCGAGGACACUUGACCGACCCCGACAGCGACGACUACACAGACAACGAUAUUCGGCCCAAAGGGUUCAGGGGCUACAAUCUGGGCCUGUCCAAGAAGAAGCUGAAGUGGAAACAGCAGCAGGAGGCGGAGCAGCCCAAAGCCAAGAAUCGGCCAGCAUACCGCGGCGGUAACUUCAUGGACGACUUUGGCGAUAACCUCUCUAACCCUGCGGAGGAAGAGGUGGAGGAAGAGGAGGAGGAGGCCAUAAGUCCUGAGGAGGAAGAGGCUCGGGCCAAGGCGGAGCAGGAGGAGGUGCGGAGGCAGGCGGCAGAGGCACAGAGGGCCAAAGCUGAAGAGGAGAAGCUCGCCGACAUCGCCUCCGACAUGUUGCUGCAGUACAUGAUGAAACAAGAUGGACGGAAGUCUCAGGACCAUAGGAAGAAAAACACCCUGGGGAUGAACGCGGUAGAGGACAAGCGUUCGGACGAAGAGGAGGACCUGGACGACGACGACAUUGACCCGCAAACCAUCGACAAGCUGAUCGAGAUCUCCAGCAAGCUCCAUCUGCCGGCGGAUGACGUGGUGGACAUCAUCAGUGACGUUGAGAAGAAGAAGAAGAAGGACGCCCCGGAGACGUUGACGUGGCAACGGCCUCUCAUGGCGCCCCCAGCCCCUGCUCCCGUGGCGCCGGCUCCCCGUUUCCCCACGCCGGUCAAACAGCCUCCGCCCAUGUCCAGCCCGUUCAAGUCCUGGUUCAAAGACAGAGCCGUAAUGAAGCCCAACAAGCAAGACUUCUGGCUGAAGCCGCAGAAGCAGCCAUUUCGAGCCUAUCCCCCUUAUCCGUUUUACCAAAAAACCUACCCUGGCUACUACCCCAUCUACUUCCCUCCACCCAAACCCAAGCCUCGCUAUUACGCCAAGCCCUCCUAUGCCUUCAACAACCUCCUGGGAAACUCCCUGGACUAUGACUUUGAUUUCACCCCAAAGCGCAGGUACCGCACCUGGGCCCAGCCACGACUACGCACGCCAGCCACCCUACAGCGAAACCUCUACUUCCCCAACUACAUUGUGCCCCAUCCUCGGACAUUCGCCGCCGUGCCCAUGCCCAAGCCCCGCUCGCCUGUGCGUCAUCGGUCGGCCUUCUAUUACCCGCCCCCAGCGUCUCUAGUGACCCGUGGCCAGGACUACUACGGUCAAAGGAGGCCCUCCGAGCAGGACAGCGACGAAGAGCUCGAGAACUUCAUCGAAAAGGUCUUCCUGAAACGUCCCCGGAUGUUUCAGUGAAGGGAGCCGAGACGAAUGAAAGAAGGAAGAGAGGAAGAGGAAGAGAGAAAGAGAGAUGGUUAAGAGAUAAUCAAGAGGAGCGAUGAAAAUGAGACUGUUUUCCCCACACAGACAUAUGCCGUUUUUUUUAGCAGAAUUUUUAAAAAUAUGAAUCCCUUGUUAAUUUAAGCAUUUUGAUCUGAACGACAAACUAACCUGUGUGGUAGACAGACGAGAAAGAGAGAAAGCUUCUGUCUUGUUGAAGAGGUGCACACAGAACAACAAAAAAAAGGUACACGGCAAAAAUGAACUGGAAUCUUCAUCGUCACUUUCCUGCUCUUGUGAGAGACUGUUCAGAAAGAGCGUUACCCAAGCAGUGUCCAUCUUCGGCUGUAUGUCCCAUCCAGGAGCUACAUUUUCACCAAAUGACCCUGAUUUAGUCGGUACCUCCUUUGUAACAACCGACCAUGAAGGAAUUCUAUCCAAAGUAAGCCUUAUAUGUGUUAAAUGUUUUGAUUAGUUUUGGACAGUUUGGACAGUGAGACGGUUACUUCUUUGAUCCAAAAGUCAGACAAACAUGACUUGUUUUCAAUCCUGCAAAGAGCUUUUGAGUUUAAAAGACAUAUAUUUUGUUUUAAUGAAGUGAACAGGUUAAUGCCUGAUCAAGGUGCCAUAAUGCAGGAACAUAGGCUGAAUAUAUUGGACCUUAACUCUUAACAAGAAGUCUUGUUCAGCUGUUCUUGAAAUUGAAGUAUUCUGCUAGUUACAUUAUGUCACACACACUCUCACACUCAUUCUUGUACAUAGGGUUGAACUUUUUUAUUGCUUUGUCUGAGCAGUAUUGAUUUCAUAUUUUCCUAUACAUUUUUAAGUUGUUUAUAAAAUAAAAUAAAAAAUACAAUAAUAUACUGCAAAUGGCAUUCAUACAUUCCAAGACCUUUAUGAAAAUGAAACUGUGUUGAGUAUUAGAGAAGUUUAUUGCCUUACCAUAUAACUCUUCCCCCUUUAUAAGGAAUAGCAUUUAUGCCAUCAGAUGUCACCUUGUGCUGGAAAGCACGGAAAACUAUAGGCCAUGCAGAUGAUGAACUCAAAUAGACAUAGAAUUAAGUUUUCCCAAAGGAAAGUUGUUCAUGUGCCCCAGGAUUCCACUUCAGUAUGCAACAUUAAGUGGGAUAUGCAGCAUAAUACAAUGGCUAUAAUUUGGCCAUAUGCCAUCACAAAAUGCUUUACAGAUUUGCAAAGUAAAGAAAAAGGCAAAGCAAAUAAAUUGUAAGACAUUGUUUUCAAUAAUAGUUUUAAAAAACUGAUAGUAUUUUCAGAGAAACAAUGGUUCCACCACAAGUGGCUUGUGUACCAAGACAAAGAAAAUCAGAAGCAUAUGCCUUCAAGCUAAGCUAAUCAGACAGGUGGUUUUUAGUAUAGCUUUCUCCUGGUUUACCAAACAAGACACAUUCCAAGACUUUUAAGCAUUCCAGCAGUUGUGAAAAACUUCAAGGAAAACUAGAAAUAUAUUGACAGCUAAAUCACAAGGCUCAAAAGAUACCUUGCCCCAGAUCCAAUACUUUUGCCUGUAGGUACGCUUAAUACUUAAGGUAUACUUUCUCUUGAUUAGCGAGGAAAUAUAUGAGCCUACUGUGAGAUUAACAGGAAUGUAUACAUAUUUUAUCCCAAAUGUUAAUAUUUAUGUCUCUGUGAGGUGCAUCAUUGUCAUGUUCAUAGUAAACAAACCAAAAGACUAAAUGGUCACCACAUGUGUGUUCAAUUGAAAAGUAGCAUUGACAAUCCAACUCUAAAACGAUGCCGGAAAAUGGUUUUAUCCCCAGUUAUAGAAGACACAGUAGGUAAAAAUGCUACUUGUGUUUAAUUUGAUUGAAUCACUGAACCAAUUCAACAAACUCAUUGCAUUUGGCAUACUAGGAAUACCUAACAUGGGGGCACUGUAAACAACCAUCUUAACUCAAAAGUGACCGAUUUAUUGUCAACUAAGUAACAGAGCAUCAGAGAGUAGGUCGAGGGGGAAGUGAGGAUGUUCUGUUUUAAUUUUUGAUUAAUUUACUGUUUUUUUCAUUAAUGAGAAUUCUCUGGAAAGUAAUUGCAAAGACAGACAGAAAGGGGGAGAAGGGGACGAAAGCAUGACUUGAAGCAGAACAAAAGUGUCUGCACGUUUAUGUGUACUUGCAUCAAAACAACAAAAAAAAUGUGUUGCUUCUUUGAAGACAUUAUGAGCAUUGCAAAAAAAGUAUAAAAAAAUAAGACAAUGACUAGCGUACCUGAGUAAAACCUGUCAAGUCUUGUAUGAGGAAACUCAUGUUGUUUAUGUCGUUUCUAGAUGUAUCUUGUAUUUAUCGUAAUAAACAUGCGUUUGCUGGAUGUAAAUAAUCGCAUGUUGAUGACUAGUUUUGCUACACAGAGAGAAAUAAAUAAAAUUGACUAUUUUUUA